AUGACCGAUUCACUCCCCUACGACUACGCAAGUUGGCAAUUCCUCGAUGCCAUCGGACAAGCAUCGCCUCUGCAACAGGAACUACAGAGCGACGAGGCCAUGAGCCUUGCCUUUGAGUUGUCUGCUCAUGGUCGCGGCGAGAGUGACUUUGCGUUGCUCAGCUCGGAUAAUUGGCUGCAUUACGGGCAAACUUCGGCAAAGGCACCAACAGCACCAGCAGGGGUUAUGCACGCGCAACCACAUACACCGCCAAUUGAGAUGGGAAUGGCAAUGGCAAUGGGAAUGGGAAUGGGCAUGGAUAUGGACAUGGAGAUGUUUGCACAGGGCAUGGAAUUCAUUUCAGUACCUCCCUUCCCCGAUCUCACCCUCGGCCACGGGAAAAAGACGCCCGACGAGCUCUCCCUCCUCCGCUCCACAUCCCAGGACGCAACACAGCGGGCGCUGUUUAUGACUCCAUCCGGCAUCACCUCCCCUUCUUCGUCGUCAUCAUCAUCAUCAUCCUCGUCAUUCUCAAACCGGAACUCUUCCUCUCCAUCACUAGAUCCCUGCACCCCCAGCACGACAAGUUCUACAAGCAAGGAAAGCGACGAAGACUGCGAAUGGGACUGCGACCGCGACCUGGAUCCCUCACUCGGCAUGGGCCUGGGCAUGCAUUUCUACAAUUUGCCCGAUAGGCUCGACUCUUGCCCCCGCCCGCCCCGCCACAUUCAUCCUCCUCUUCCUCACCACCACCAUUUGUCUCACCGCGGGGUGAAUCACCGCACCAGCGCCGCCGAAGACGAGGAAGAUGCACUAACUCCCCUCGAAAUGCCCGACGGCAGUACCCGCUUCACGGCGAAUUGGCUGCCUGUGGAUCCCACGGGUGGGUUUACCAUUGAUUCACCUGUGUCUGCUUCUGCAUCUAGGAUGGAAUUCGGAUAUCCGUAUAGUUAUGGACACCCGCAAGAUCACUACGGGUAUGCAUACGCGGAUGCAGACCUCUCGAUGGAAUUCAGCAAGGAGGCGUUUAUCCAGAUGCCUGCACCGGCGCCGGUGUGA